AUGCCUAUCCCAAUUAGCACAAUCACCACCUUCCGAACAACCUUCAACCCUUUCUCUGCUGCUUCCCGACCAUGCCGCCUCUUCCUCUCGUUGUUGCGCACUCCCACCACAACAUCCACUGGCAGCAUUGACAUCCAGGUGACCCAGUUGCCGCGCACCUCGACACAACAGCCCAUCAUGACCGUCGGCUUCAAGGGUGGCAAGGAGGUUGUCUUGGAAGUUGGUAAGCGUGGAAUGAAGAUUGAUGACUGCAUUGAGGAGGUCUCGCGUGUGGGCAGAGCCCUGGAGCGUGAGGCUAGCUUGAAGGGUUAG